GAACUAGUUGCCAUCUCUCCAGAACGUAGAAAUUGGCGUGGAAUUUUUAUUGCUUUAUUAGUAAUAGCUGCAGUCUGUAGUUUAAUUAUAUUUUCCAUAUUUCUACUGUCACCAGAAGAUGAAGGGCUACGCAUUCGUGGAAGGCGCCUGAUAUUAAGUGAUAUAAUAAGUAAAAGUUUGCAAUGGAAGCCUUUCAAUGGCACUUGGAGUAGUGAUGUGGAACUUAUCUUCCGUGAUCCAACUGGUGGACUCUCUAUUCUAAAUUUAGAUAAUUAUACAACUAGAAUUUUAAUGACAAAUUCGACAUUUCGUCAAUUAAACGCUGAUUCCUUUAUUGUGUCACCAGAUCAAAAGUAUGUGCUUUUACAAUCCGAUACGAACAGUGAUGGAUCAAGACAUCAUGUUUAUGAAAUCCAGACAACAAAUACUUUCCCAUUGGGACCCAUUGAAAACAGUGCUGAGGCGCCUCACUUACAAUACGUUUUGUGGGCACCAAAUAAUUCGCCUUUAGCAACCACAAAUGGGCCAACUACAACGAAUACGCAACAAACAACGACAGUGACAUCGAACACGUUGACGGGCACAACCAGUAUUGGAAACUUUGGAGGGGCCGGAAAACCAACGCCACCCAACUACCAAUCACCACACGCGAGCAGCUUAAACAAAGCAACAAAUCAAGCCAUAGCAUUCGCAUUCGAAAAUGACAUUUAUUACAAACCGAAAGUGCAGGGAGAAUUGGUCUGCCGCAUAACUUCCACCGGGCAAGCGGGCGUUAUAUAUAAUGGCAUACCAGAUUGGACAUAUGGUAAUGUACCAGAGUUGAAUAGCCAGGAGAAGAGUAUGACUUUUUCACCGGACGGAUUAUUUUUAGCGUUUCUCACAUUUAAUGACACAACAGUCGUGGAAUACAAAUAUACAUGGAUGGCUGAUGACAUCAAAUAUCCUGCUGUGUUGAAACAGCGGUAUCCUAAAGCUGGUGCCAUUAAUCCUAAUGUUACUGUAAAUGUUGUGAAUCUGUCCGUCCUUAAAUAUAUCUUUCCAACACAAAUAAAGCUACCUAUGGAAUUAACAAAUGGAAGUUAUAUCGGUGGUCUAACGUGGGCCACACCCAUUGAUCUAUCGGUUACAAUAACAAAUCGCGCUCAAACCAAAGCUACUACCGUUAUGUGUCGUGCACCAGAUUUUCAAUGUCAAAUUGUGCAUACCGAGGUGACAGUAAAUGAUGGCUGGGUGCUACCAAUAGAGAAACCGAUAUUUUCCACAAAAAUUUUUAAUUCCCAAUUAAGGAACAAUCAGCAGCAAUACCUGAACAAUGUACCUAACGAUAAUGUUGUCUAUCAGAAUGUUACAAAUGGACAGACUACAUAUGAAAUCGCUAAUGGUGGUUAUUUAUUGAAACGUCUUCCUGUUCGCGAUGGAGAGCAUGGACAUUUUCGUCAUGUAGUCUUCGUUUCAUCACUAGAUCGUCGACAAGUACCGCUUACUAUGGGAAAAUUUGAAGUAACUGAUAUUGUUGGUUGGGAUGAGAGUAAUGAAAUUGUUUAUUUUAUGGCCGCACCAGAGAAGCGACCUGGCGAAAGGCAUCUAUAUAAGAUUCGGCUAAAAUUGAAUAUAACCAAACCAAAUCGCACAUAUAUAACAGCAACACAACCUACUUGCCUGACAUGUGACAACAGUGCUUCUACCUUUAAAUUAUUUAAUGCACCUAUAGAAAAUAAUAAUAGCAGUGAAAGUGACGAAUGUCCUUAUGAAAUACCUAAAAAUUGUCUAUAUAAUAAGAUUUACUUUAGCAAAGAUUUUUCGUUUUAUGUACAAGAAUGUCUGGGACCCGAAUCACCCAGUGUUUAUUUAGUAGACACCCAAACCAAUACUAAGAUUUAUGUAUUGAAUGCCGGGGAUAGUUUAAGAAACCGCCUCUCACAAUUAGCUUUACCGCAGCUACGUACAUUCAAUGUUGAAAUUCGGCACGGCUUCUAUGCACAGGUGCGUUUACUGUUACCGCCCGGUAUGCGAGAGGAUGAGGAAGUUGCUUUUCCAGUGAUUUUACAGGUUGAUGCUUCGCCUGGUUCACAAUUAGUAACUGAGAAAUAUCAAAUCGAUUGGAAUUGGUACUUGUGUAGUCAACGUUCAGUAAUUGUGGCACAAAUCGAUGCACGUGGUAGCGGUUUUCAGGGAGAACUUCUACGCACUCAAGUUCAUGGCAAACUGGGUACGGUUGAGGUUGAAGAUCAACUUGGCGUUAUGACUUAUCUACGUGAUAAUUUACACUUUAUUGAUCCAUCCCGUAUUUGUGCCUAUGGCUGGGGUUAUGGAGGUUAUGCAACCAUAAUGGCACUAAUAGAAGACUCUCAAAAUGUGUUGUUAUGUGGCAUUGCUAUUAAUCCAUUAGUAUCAUUUGGAUAUCAUUACUCAUUUUUUACUGAACGUUAUAUACCACUGAAAGGUGACUAUCUAAGAGCAUUGCAAGAAUCGGAUCUAACUAUGAAAGCCGGAAAUGUUAAAGGUCGGAAUCUUAUGAUAAUGCACGGUACGGCCGAUACAUUGGUACAUCAAGAGCACACUUUAAUGUUAGUGCGUGCAAUGGUGGAUCAACAGGUUAAGUUUAGACAUCAGGUUUAUCCAGAUGAAGAUCACCACUUAAGUAAAUCCCUAAGUCAUGCUUAUAAAACUAUGGAAUGGUAUUUCGAUGAAUGUUUCGGUCCGAACGAAGACAGCGAAUGGGAUCCAACGGGUUUCUUUGUGUUCAAACAAUAAUUAGAAUAAAAAAUUAGCAUAAGUUAAAUUAAUAUUAAAUAUAUAACAUAUAAUGUUAA